UUUUUUUUUUUUAGAUUCAACAUGAAAGACAGCUUAUAACAUCGCUGUUUCUGGGUGUGCUUUCUUGGCCUCCACAUGUUGGUUUUCAGUUCUGUCUAUUGUCCAACAAACAGCAUGUUUCAUUCUUCUUUGUGGGUAAAUAAUACUCCAUUGUGUUUAUAUAGCCUUCAUUUUCUUUACCUAUUUAUGUGUUAAUGGGCACGUGGGCAUAUUCCAUAUCUUGACUAUUGCACAAACAAAACAUGGGUGUUCUAGGAGUUAGAUUCCUUCAGUUAUACAAUUAUCCAUAUUCAUAUGGUGGAUAUUUUUUAGGGUAUUUCUAGGGUAUUUUUAGGCACCCCUAUACUGAUGUUCAUGGUGGCCGCAUCGCCUUACACUACCAACAACAGUUACUUUCCUUUCUCCCUGUUCUCCCCAUACCCCCUCCUUUCCUCCUCCUCUCCCUCCUUUCACCACUCGUUCCCUCUCUCUCUCUCUCUCUCUCUACCUCUCUCCCUCUCUCUCAGCUAGUCUUACUCUGUAACCUGAUUGGCUAGAGAGAGAUGUAAAGGUGUCUCCACUGUGUCUGGCCCUGUUAAACUGUUUUAGAUCUGGUCUUUUGAUGGCUGCCCACUCCUUUCCCCAGCUAUUGAUUGUGUUAUCCGAUCCUUGGGAAUUUCUUAUUGAAAACCUGAGAUAGCCUGGACAGUAGUCCUCAGUUGGGUGAAGUCUAAUAAGCAUGUCUCUCCAGUCUCUUUCCUCUGCUGUACCACAAAACCCCGCUUGUCAACUCCUUUUAAAAUUCUCAUUUGGAUUUCUCUGUUUUAUUUUAUGUCUGUGCAUCUUUUGCCUGCACAUAUCUCUGUGCUCUUCUGUGCGUGCCUGGUGCCCACAGAAGUCAGAAGAGGCCAUUGGAUGACUGUGAGCCACCAAGUGGGCGCUGGGAACCAAAUCUGGGUCGUUUACAUGAACAGCAAAUGCUCUUAACUGCCUUCCGAUGGGCCGCAUUUCGGGGACACAUGGUGUUUGUCUUCCGUCUUGAGUUCAUCAAGGACUCACUACACAUUCAAGACUGGAUGUUCAUCCAGGUGUGGUAGCUCGGGACUGUGAUCCCAGCAUGUGGUAGCUGGGGACUGUGAUCCCAGCAUGUGCAGACUGAGCUGGGGGAAGGCCACAUGAGACCUUCCAGGGCAGCCCAGGCUGUAGAGUAAGAUGUUAUCUCAAAAAUAGCCAUGCCUACCGCUCAGUCCCAAUGUGUCCCUACAGUUUCUGCUUUUGCCUUGCUCCUUGUUUCUAGUCUUGUUCCAUCGAAAGCUGAUAUGAUAAAAAGAAGUUCUAUUUUGUGUUUUUUAAGAUUCGUUGGAUUUUAAAGAAAUCCUAUGGCUCCUGAGAAGAAAACAUAUUCCACAAAUGUUAAAUGAAAUCAUCCAUGGAUGGCUAUAAAAUCUAUCUUAUCCGCAAUACAGUUUAACUCUGAAGGCUUUGUGCUUUUGAGUCUGAAUGAUCUCCAUACUGAUGGGAGUUGUGUGUAAAGUCACCCCGUGUUGCUCUAUUUGUGUCUGUCUGUCACCUUUAUAACACUAGGGGUGGAGGGAUGCCUGAUGUGUUCAGAACACUUGCUGCAGAACUACGAGGACCAGAGUUCAGAUCCUAAAACCCAGGUAACAAACCAGGCAUCGAGCACAUGUCUAUAACCAGCUCUGAGGGCAGCAGAGACAAGGAGGGUGACUGGGUUUGCUAGUUCCCAACUCCAGACUCCAACAGAUGCAGAGGCCCACAGUCAAACAUUGGCUGGACCUUAGGGACCCUUAUGGAAGAGUUGGGGGAAGGAUUGAGGGCCUCAAAGGAGAUAGGAACUCCAUAGGAAGACCAACAAAGUCAACUACCCUGGACCCUUGGAAGUUCUCAGAGACUGAACUACCAACCAAAGAAUAUGCAGGGGCUGGACCUAGGCCUCCCUGCACAUAUGUAGCAGAUGUGCAGCUUGGUCUUCAUGUGGGUCCUGAACAACUAGAGCAGGGGUGUCCCUAAAGUUGUUUUGUUUGUAGAAUCCAUUCCCCUAAUUUAGCUGUUUUAUCUGGCCUGAGUGGGAGAAAUGCCCAGCCCUGUAGAGACUUGAUGCUGGGGGCGUGGGGGGGAUUCUGGGGCAGACUCCACUCUCUCAGAGGAAAAGGGGAGGGGUGAUGGGUCGAGGAACUGUGGGAGGAGGGACAGUGAUCAGGAUGUAAAAUGAAUAAGAAAGAAAAAAGAAAAAAGAAAGAACGAAAAGAAAACACAAGAUCCAAGUUCAAGGAGAGAUCCUGCCUCAAAAGAACAGAUAGUGACAAAAGGCACUUGACAGCACGCACACCCCCACACACAUAUGCACAUGAACUCACACAUUUACUUACACACACAAAUGAAUAAAAUUUUAAAGGCUAUGAAGUGAGACAAAAAGUAAGCUAGAGAAAUAAUAAGGUGAACACAUAGAAGGCUGAGGAAACAGAAGGAAAAACGAGCUCAGGAAUGGCGGCUGACAUCUGUAACCCCAGCACGGAGAGCACUGAGGCCAGCCUGCACAGUAGGGAGAGCCUUGCCUAAACAACUCAGGAGAAGCCACUGUGGUCCCAGCGAACUUCGUGACCUACCUGUGGGUCAGCCUGGGAAAAUGAAAGAUGUCGUAGCCAUUUGGGAUGUUAUUUUAAGUGAUGGAGUUCACAAGAUUGAAUUUGAACAUGGGACCACAUCAGGAAAACGAGUUGUAUAUGUGGAUGGGAAGGAAGAGGUAAGAAAAGAGUGGAUGUUCCAGUUGCUGGGCAAAGAAACCUUCUGUGUUGGACCUGCAAAAACCAAAGCCACCAUCCAUAUACUUUCUGGCAAAGGUUAUGUUUUUAAAUAUACUCUGGAAAUUGAGGGGAAAAGCUUCAAGAAAUUCGUGGAGAACAGAUCUAAAACCACCAACACCUGGGUAUUGCACUUGGAUGGCAAGGACUUUAGAAUUGUUUUGGAAAAAAACACUAUGGAUGUAUGGUGCAAUGGUAAAAUAAUAGAGACGGCGGGCGAGUUUGUAGAUGAUGGGACCGAAACACACUUCAGCUUGGGGAACCACGACUGUUACAUAAAGGCCGUCAGCAGCGGGAAGAGGAGAGAAGGGAUCAUCCACACGCUCAUUGUGGAUAACAGGGAAAUCCCAGAGCUCACUCAGUGAGUUCUUAGUGAGUUCUUAGUGAGUUCUGAGCUGAAGAGGUGACCUCAGGGCCCGCCGAUGGCUGCGGUGAUUAAAUGUGCUCACGGUGUACAUGUUGGUA